AUGCAGUUGUCCGCUGCCUGCAUCUACGUCGCCGCCAGACAACUUCGUGUCAAUCUCAUGCUCCUGGAUCUCAGUGACGCCGUCGCUGUCAAUGUCUACCAAGUGGGCCGUACUUAUGUGGACUUGAAACGCAAACUCAACCUUUCCCUUCCCGAAGUCGGUAAGCGACCGGUUGAAUUUAGUGUCACCUUUGAGUAUUGGAAAAGUGAAUUCGCACGCACCUUUUUUGCAAGUUUGAAUUUGUUCUUCAUUUUGGGUCUCGGUGAAAUCUGA